CUCCCCUCCCCUCCGGUUUCCCUUCCUGCUGAGCGAAGCCACAGUCGGUCAGCUGAGAGCUCACAUGAUGGCGCUUUGAAGACGGACGGCGGUCUCGCACUUCUCCGCUGGGCGAGUUCAGGCUGGGCGGCGGUGUGGGAGCAGGCUACGUUCCCGAAGAGCAUCAUGAAGCCCAAAAUGUUGUUGCUGACAUCCUGCAUGGGGAUUCUCUUCCUCACAGUCGAACUGGAAGCCAAUCAUGAGAAGACCAUCAUGUCCUUGAAUUCCCGUCUCCUGCGAUCCACGGGGACGUUACCAGUCAAUCCCAGCGUCCACGUCGCGUUGCGGUUGUCGGAGCGCCACAGCCUCCACAACGAGCGGAGUUACCUUCGUCGGCUGAAGACUGACCUCCAAAGGAAGCUGUCCAGGUCACAGCCGGGCUCUGAGCCCUCCACAGGCCUUGUAGCCCUGUACCUAUUGGCACUGCGUGCUUCCUGCCAGGACCUGCAUGAACAGCGGUCAGCGCUGCUCUAUCUGAAGAACAAGCUUGGUGCUGAGAGAAACCACACAAUGCAUCACCACGUGCCUUUGACCAACCACUACCAGUACGGUCUGGGUGUGUUGGCUGUCUGCCUGAGUAACAUACGGAUGGAUCACAGUGUCCUGUCUGGGUUGGUGUCACAUGACCACCACUUCCACCACUCAAUCGACACAUCAGCCAUGGUGGUGUUGGCACUGAAGUGUGUGCAGGACUCUAAAGUGCCCAGCAGUAAUAAAUGGAUGUACAGCCACGAUAGGAGGCUGAAGGCACAGAAUGCAGUGAACAAGCUAAUGGAAAAGAUACGGAAACAGCAGAAAAGCAGUGGGGAAAUUAGGAACAUUUACAGCACACCACUGGCUCUGCAGGCUCUCUUAGCCACAGGAGACAAGGAACGAUGGUUAAAAGGAAGAAGUUAUCUACUGAAUGAGGCCAAACGAAAAGCCUUUCAAAAUCCAAUGGCACUGUCUCAGCUGCUGCCCGUUCUGUACCAGAAAACCUACCUGGGUAUCGGCCAAAUGGACUGCCAUAAUGAGACUGGUGGUCUGAGGUGGAUGGAUUCGGAACCAUCUAAUGGUGAACCUGAGCCGAACUCUCCGUCUGAGUUUGUUUAUCUCAGAGUGAUGGAUGAGAACUUGGCGACUAUUUACGAGGCCAGUGUGCCACUGCACAAUGGGAUGUCUCUCCUUGAAGUCCUGCAUGAAGCUAAAAGAAACGAUACGAAUUUUGAUUUUGAGACUGUGCCAACUCUGUGGGGACCUUUCCUGACCUCGGUCAACCACAUAAUGGGACAGGACAACAUGAGGACCUACUGGCGUCUGAUUUCGGAAACACGCACCCCACUUAUUGAAGGUGUCCAGGAUUAUCACCCCCAGCCAGGAGAACACAUCCUCCUGCAACUCAGCAACUUCUAGCAAGUACCCAAUGAGUUGCGUCCUUUUCCUCAGCCACCCGUAGGUUCCUAUCUUCCGAUUGGUCGGUGAUUAAUGAGUUAAUUCAGAGCCCUGAAUUGCAGGCUAAUCAAUAACGGAUUUUUAAAGCCAAAAAUCUUAAUCGAUAGGCUAUCAUGCCCCAACCUAGGGGCAAAUGAAUAUGGAGGCAGGUGGUCACCUUUGUUCACCAAUUUAUCUAUUCUUGCCAGUACAGAUCCCAGCUGUCGAGCGGACUUGGAUUACAAUCGUUCACUCUCUGUGCUUUGGCCAUUGCCGAGUCAGUUAAUGUGUGUGAAGCAGUCCGUGAUUCACCCAUUCAAAGGCCUGUGCGAUGGACACUCUGACCAAUGGGUCCUCACUUCCCAUGCUUAAUUAUUCCCGCUGCUCUUCGGGAGUUUACUGGGACAUAGUUCCCUUCGUCCUUUAUCAUCUCAUUCAAAUUUGAGCCAAGGCAGGAAGUGCUUGCUGGCUGUUUGACUGCUCCAUGCAUCACUUCCAAGCCAGAUUGUCUCCUUGCCAAACAGUAACAUAAUAGGGAGUGCCCAGUUCCUGAUCCAGGGUGUGCUCCUUAGCAGGAUGUUUCCGUGCCACCUCUAGCACUCCCGCUGCCUCUGUUCACUGCAGUCCAGGAUGGAGCUUGAGGCAAUCUUUCCACACAAUGUAAGAGGAGGUCAUUUGGCCCAUCAAAUCCAUUCUAGUUCUGAGCAUUCUCCCUAUGACUUGUUCUCCCAAUAUUCCCGUCAACUCUCCCCAAGAUUCUACCAUUCACCUACUCACUAGGGACAAUUUACCGUGGGCAAUUGACCUACCAAUCUGCGCAUCUUUGAGAUGGGGGAGGAAACCAGAGCACCUGGGGGAAACCCACACAGUCACAGGGAGGAUGUGCAAACUCCACACAGCACCGGAGGUCAGGAUCGAACUUGGGUCACCAAAGCUGAGAGGCAGCAGCUCUACUCACUGCGCCAUUGUGUCGUUCCUCUGGUCUGCAGACAGAGCUCCCAAGCUUGUAAUGAGUUCCUCACUGGACCCGAAAGCCCCACUUUCACGCUGCACAACCACCAGCUGUUUUUAAAUAUUGAUUCUCCUUAAGUGAUUUUUCCUUCAGUAACCUGCUUUUGGUUAAUAUUAGCAAAUGUGCAAAUAAAUGUGGUCAACGGGUGAACUGUUGAACCAUUAACAUUAUGCUGAAUAGCAUACAGGCACAGAAGGUCAGAAAUUUCUUCAACUCAUGGUCUGAUGCUUUUACUAUUGUUGUUAAAUAUUGUCAUGGCAUUUUUGUAAGAUUACAUACUAAAGUGUCUCAAAUA